UGCAAAAACAAACUGAGCAAGAUUGAUAGAUGCGACAAAAGGGUUACGAUCCAUACAGCUGAGCUGAGCAAGAUUCAUAUUAUUCCCAACACAAACUGAGCAAGAUUGAUAGAUACUAUCCUGCCAGUGUCAUGCCCUCUUGAUCAUAACCAUUCUACUCUACCAGAUAUUUUGAUAUGAUUUUGCCGUGUAUGAUGUCUCCAGGAAUUUUCCCGUGAGGUAAAAUCAAGAGGCUGUCAAACAUUGAUUUUGAAGAGAAAGACCUUAUUUUUUAUUUAAUUAAUUACCAAAACUUGUAAUUGCUAAUAACCAGUUCAAGCUAGCUAAGAUGCCCAAGACUGCACACCACUUUGCUUUGCCUUCUUAGAAGCAUUUUGUCGAACACCUUGCCCUCGUCGCCAGAAAGUGAGGAUUUGAAUGUCAUUUUACAUGCAGUUAUGAUGUCUCGUUUGAAUUUUUUUUUAUUUUUUAAUAUGGAAUAAGACAUGCCUGAAUCCCAAGUUCUUUGCUUGUGGUUAAUAUUCAAUCUGCAUGGAAAUUGGAAUGAAUGGUCUUCCUUUCAUUCACUAACGUUAAGUGGAAGGGCAAAAGAAGCCAAUUCAUGCAUAUGCCAACACAAAAGAAGCCAAUUCAUGCAUAUGCCAACAUUGUCAUGCUCGCAGCAACACACGCACCUCAUCCGCUUCCUACAACGCUAUCUAAACCAACCCAUGUGACAUUCACCAUUCUCAACUAAGCCUUGAGCUUCCGACAAUGAUGUAAAAUAAUGAAAGACAAAUAGAUGGUUUUUAUUUUAUGAACACCCCACCACACACAUUCCCAAUUAGCAAAGCAACUGCUCUGCUUGAGCAAAUUAGUCAGUACUUACUGCCUACUCACUUUUUCUGCAAGUUUGCUGUACAAGCCAAGCCUUGCUACUUGUUCUGGACUCUCUCAGUCCAAGUUGGAAACUGAUCACAAAUUAUGAAGAGGCAGCCGAGUCUCUUCUUUAAAUUACCCACUAGAUCCUUGGUAUUCUAUUUUAGCCUCUCUUCCUCUAUCAUCUUUCUCACUUUCAUAAUCAUUUGGGUCAACAACACCACUCCUCCUAAUUCAGUGGUGCAGGCCCAAGAAAUAGGCAGCUGUCUACAGUUCAACACAUCCUCACUCGUUUCGGGUUUCAGACCACCCAUAGGCGCUCUGCCUGUUCACACUAAUUUCACUGGUAAUUUCAAUACAAAUAUUUCAGUUACAGUAAAUGGCCCGGAAGAAUUGGUCUCCAGUAAGCCUGAUGAAAAUACUUCUGGCUUUUCUGGGAUGAAUUCACUUGUUAGUAGUGGGUUACAGACGAAGGAGAACCAAUCCCAAGUGCCACGACAUGAUGAAGAAGACAGAGGCGGUGGUGAGUUGGACGGUAACUUCACAGCAGCGGCACAAAGUACACCUGCAAUUGCACCUGCAAUCUUAUUUGACAAGAUUGAGCUUAGCACCGAAGAGCAAAAUGCUCCAUUGAUGAACAAGACUGAAGAGCAAACUGCUCAAUCGAUGACCAAGACUGAAGAGAAAAAUGCUCCAUUGAUGAAUAUGACUGAAGAGCAAAAUGCUUCAUUGAUGAACAAGACUGAAGAGCAAAGUACUCAAUUGAUGACCAAGACAGAAGAGCAAAAUGUUCCAUUGAGGAAUACGACUGAAGAGGAAAAUGCUCCAUUGUUGAAUACGGUUGUUGAGCAAACUGCUCCACUGAUGAACAAGACUGAAGAGCAAACUGCUCCAUUAAUGAACAAGACUGAAGUGCAAGAUGCUCCACUGAUGAACAUGACUGAAGAGCAAAAUGCUGCUUCUGGCUUUUCUGGGAUUAAUUCACUUGCUAGUGGGUUGCAGAGGAAGGAGAACGAGUCCCAGGUGGCAGAAGUGGCACAAAGUGCACCUGCAGUCUCAUUUGACAAGAUUGAAAUCAAGACUGAAGAACAAAAGGCUCCAGUACCACUGAUGAACAAGACUGAAGAGCAAAAUGCUGCAUCCAGUAAAAGGAUUGAAGUCAGAAGUAGAAGUAGGAGGGGAAAGAACAAGAAAAACAGAGGAACUUCAUUUGAUCAAAAGACUCAAGUUUCAAGUAGCGAGGUGGUGCAGGCUGAAGACAAGAAAAUAAUAAUAAAAGGAGGAUGUGAUUUUAGUACAAGAGGGAGGUGGGUGUAUGAUAAGAGCUAUCCCUUGUACACAAAUCGUUCAUGUCCUUUCAUAUUUGAAGGUUUUGACUGUCAAGGAAAUGGGAGAUCAGACAAAGACUACAUGAGGUGGAGGUGGCAACCACAAGAUUGUGACAUUCCAAGGUUCAAUGCAAAAAAAAUGCUGGAACUGUUGAGAGGGAAAAGGCUACUUUAUGUGGGCGAUUCCAUCAAUAGGAAUCAAUUUGAAUCCAUGGUGUGCAUGUUAGUGGGAGAUAUAAAAGAUCCAAAUAGGCCCAGAAUCAAACAUGAGAAGGGGAUGUAUAGUUUCAGCUUUGUGGAUUACAAGUGUAAAGUUGAAUUUUCCCCGUCCGUUUUCUUGGUUGAUAAAAGCAUGAAAAGAGUAGGGAAGAAGCAGGUCCUAACCUUGCGAAUUGAUUCCAUUGAUCACAGAUCAUAUCGUUGGAUAGGAGCUGAUAUUGUGAUAUUCGACACUGCACAUUGGUGGACCGAUCAAAAAACUAAUGCUGGGGUUAAUUUCUACCAGGAAGGGGACCAAAUUCAUCCAUAUCUUGAUGUUUAUACAGCCCUCAGAAAAGGUAUGAUGACCUGGGCAUCAUGGGUUGAUAAACACACCGAUCCAAGCAAAACCCAAGUUUUCUUUCGAACUUCAUCGCCAACGCAUUUCAGUGGAGGCGAAGGGAAAUCACGCCGGAGUUGUAUAGGAGCUACCGAACCCCUCCUCCGAGAUUCAGGAAUUGCAAACGAGAAAGAUAGAAUUGCAGUGGAGGUUAUAAAGCAGAUGAAAACUCGCGUGACUUUGUUGAACAUAACAAGCAUGUCAGAGUAUAGAAUAGAUGCUCAUCCAUCAGGCAUUCUAGAUUGUAGUCAUUGGUGUCUUCCUGGUCUUCCAGAUAUCUGGAAUGAAUUGUUGUAUCAUCAUUUGCUCACUAACUGACCAACCAGACACAAAAUUCUUUUCCCAACCGGUUUAUGUGAAUCAAACUCUUUCAAUCAUUUUAUUAUUUUCAUUAGUAAGUUCUACGGAAUUUGUUUACAGGAA